AUGCCAUCAACCUCAACGUCGAGCGAACAACAGUUUCGAGAAUCCCUAAGAUCCUUUCGUUGGGCUUCCAACUCCAGCGGCACAUCAACCACGAAGUCUACAACGCCCCUGUCGAGACUGACCGAAACAACGUCAAACUUUUUCGGCAGUGUCGGCAAUAGGAUGCAAGGCUAUGUGCCUUUGACCGGGAAUGCAGAGCAGGAAGAGGGCUGGUUUACUUUAACAAGGUGGCAACGUCUCACCGGGUUUGCAGUAUGUCUUGCGACAGCUGCUCUUUGUUUCAUAAUUUCAUCUCGUUUGCAAUCAAUUACAUUACUUCGAUUAGUUGCUAAUCAUGAGCAUGAUAAGCAGGCAAGUAACAGAAUCGUUGUUAUUUACUUGUAUAAAGAAAUUUGCGAUUGGAUUGGAUUGAAGAUGAAUAUAUGA